AAAACCAUCCGCACCCACUGCUGCCAUUACGCCUUGCGUCUGAAGGGUACAUGGAUCAGUCUUCGGUCAAGUUUCUCGUCAAAUUGAUUACAGUCACAGAAGAUGCUGCAUAGAAGUGAAAACAUAAAAUUUAUUCUUAGUCUCGUUCCUGGUAAACGUCGUUUCGGCACAUACAGGUUUCUUCCCAUAUUUUUCUGUAUUGGUGGUGUUAUGGAGUGGAUCAUGAUCAACGUGAGGAUCGGAAAAGAGACAUUCUACGAUGUGUAUAGAAGAAAACAGUCAGAGCGGGCAUACCAGAAGAGGAUUACAGAAGGUUUAACAAGAGAACCUGUUGCCAGAUAAACUGAAAUGGAGUCCACUUAGAAAGGUGUCAUUAUCAAUGUGUACUAUCUCAGAACAAAAUGACACUGAAGAAAUGA